GCCGGAUGUAAACACAACUACCCACGUGCACAGUAGGCUCCUAAUGACUGUGCCUUCAUGACACAUGGCUUUACAUUCAGCAGGAAGCUGGUGAUCAGUGCAGAUCUUUACUGGGGGAUUGAACCUGAAACACAUUUUGAGGUACAGUCAUGGCAGGUAGAGGUAGAGGUCGUGGAAGAAGCCAGUUUACCUUCAGUGUGGACGCACUGGGUUUUGGGAGGGGUGAUUCUUUACCAACAUCUACACAUACACCUUCUCCUCUUUUUCCCCCUAUGCAAUUUAGACCAGUGCCUCUGCUUACAGGAGAAGAAGUGGACUAUAUGCUCGCUCUGAAGCAGGAGCUGAGAGCCUCCAGCAAGAAUCUGCCAUUCCACAUAAGAGCAGCCAGAACAAAGACAGAUGUGGCACGGUACUCUGAUAAAUACCAAAAUGGUGAGCCGAAGAACAACACAAUUGAAUGGAGUCCAGACUGGAGCCGACUGCCAAAAGAGCUUUGUAUUAAAGUACGGAAACCCCGAAAAACACUCAUAGGUGCUAAGCCACAACUCCAGCGAAAACCAAAAGUAGCUGCUGGCAAAGAAGAGGUUCUCCAAAAACUAGAGACACUUGAGAAAAGAGAACAAGAGCAGCAUUCUGAGGAAGAGGAGGAAGAGGAGAAGAAGAAACAGGAUAAUGAGGAGGAGCCAGAUGCGGAUGAAGAUUAUGUUGAAGAGGAGAUUGAAGAUGAGACAGACUACAUCAUGUCUUACUUUGACAACGGAGAGGAAUUUGGAGCAGAUAGUGAUGACAAUAUGGACGAAGCUGUGUACUAAUGUGGACAUCACUGGGGGAUACAUAUUUCUAUGAGUGAGACUGAAAGAAUGUAUUUUAAGAAGUGUCUUAAUUCAGGCAUGUUCUUUGUUUCAACUUGACACAUACUGAAUCAGGUCAAUACAGGGGACUGAAUUUAAUUUCAUGACUAAUGUAAUUAAGAUCAGAGAAUCAAUGCUGCUAUUGAGAUGCUGUUCAAACGGUAUGAUGGACUCAGAUACUGCUGCUAUUCUAACAGUGUGCUGGAAUGUUACUGAAAGACAGUUUUAAUUAUGCUUUUAAUUUAAUUAUUGUAAUUGGAAAGCUCUGCUUAAAAAGGGAACACACAGAAGCCAGGAUUCCUUUUUGUCAUAUAGGAGCGGACACUACAGACCAUAUAUCAUGCAUCUCAUGUUUACACCUGAUAAUGCCUUGAAUUGCAAAUUAUAACUGUAUCAGAAACUUCA